AUGAAUAAAAGAAGAAAAUUUCUUCUUGCCUCAGUACUUGCUCUCCAGAAUUCAAGUUUUAUAUAUCCCGCGUGUCAAAAGUGCCUCUCUCGGGUAAUCCUACUCUCCAAAAGGUUUAAUUGUCCAAAAUGUGGGGCUGUUGGUGAAGAUGAAAAUGUCAGCUAUAGAUAUAAACUUUCUUUACAAGUUGUAGAAUCAAACAAAUUGUUUGUCAUUACCAUAUUUGGAAGCUGCUUGGAUACAUUUUUUGGUCUGACUGCCACUGAUUUGCACAAGUACCUUCAGGAAUCUAAUAAAAUUUCAGAAACACUGGACAAUGAUACAACUCAGAACCUGUUAACUAAAGCAGUUGAAACUUGCUUUGUUGGACGAACCUUUAAUUUUGGAGUGACGAAUUUUGAAAACGAACAUGGACAAGUUUCAGAUGUCAGUUACUUCUUGCAACCAUGUCCUGACCACAAAAGAGAAGUGAAGACACUGGUAGCUUGCCAGAUUGUUCUACCAGACCCGAGUCUUGUAGGCUUCACAGUCAUUGACUACUUCCAUCAGUUUUUGCAGACUUUCAGGAAACUUCACUGUGGCUCCCAGGUACCUAAUAGCCACUUACUUGCUUUAGAUCACUCAAACAGUGGUCUCAGCAGCAUAUGUGGCUCUGAUAACACUUCUUAUUUUUUUGAGUUCUGCAGCAGAGAUAAUUUUUCAAGAUUCUGGCAGCCAUCGCUUGAACUUACUUCCAUUAGUUCACAUCUAACAGAUAAUGAUGAUUUUUUAGCUGCAGAGCAAAGUAAGGUCUUUGGUAUUCUUCACCAGAACAGAAAGUGCAUCUCUAAUGCAGAGGCCUCAGGUUCCAAGAGCUGCCAUGAUCCCAUUCAGGGUUCAUGGAGCCUUGUUUCAUAUAUGGAUAAAAAGAGUACAGCAGAAAAGUUGAGUGAAGAAUUUGAUUUACAAGCUAGUCAUCCAAGUGCAAGUAACAGCAAUCAUCAUGAAAUUGGAUUUACUGACUCUAACUUACUCCCUUUGAAAAUGGGAGAGCCCCUUGAGUCAAGUGACACAAAAUCUUUCUACAAUACAGUGGAAAUUAAAAAUAGAUAUUCCCAGCAUGAGAUACAGUGUUACCAUGAUGUCAAUACCCCCACCAGCCUUCAAGAGAGAUCUGCAUGUUGUCCACUUUCAUCACGCAGAUUUGAGGAGUUAGCCAGCAGCUCCCAGAAUUGUGACCCUGAAAAUUGGGAUGAUCUACCAUUCUCUGAAAGCCUGGACAAGUUUCUGGCAGCUAUCGAAAAUGAGAUCCCUGUAACCCAGACAAAUGCCAGUAAUAGGAAACAUGUAGAUAAUGACAUCAAUAAAUUGAAAGCAGACCACAGCAAGUUAACCAUGUCUCCCCAGAGAACUACUACACUGCAUACACCACCUGUAGCUUUAAGAUCAUCACAAGUAACAAUCAAAGCAAACUCCAGCAAGGAUAACUUUUUUAACUGUGAGGCAAAUCCAAGUCCUAGUGUUCAAAAGGAGUCACAGUCAGAUAACACAGAAGAGGCCAUCUCUAUAAGUAACAAUAGAAAAGAUACUUGGGGAUAUUUUCUACCAAACACUUAUCUGUCAGCUCUGUUUUCAUCUUCAAAUGAUUCACGAACAGCAGUUACUCUUAAGAAAACUGUAAGAAUUCUAUCACAUAGGGAUAAAAUUCUACUUAAAUCCAAUACUUCAGAGAGAGACCAUCCUUUUCUCAAUAUCAAAUGUAAGGAGUCACAAGAAAACUCACUUUCAGAAAUGAAUGAAAAGUUGACUUCAUGUUCUAGGAAGCAUAACAACAUCUUUGAUCUUCACAAAUUAGAAAAUAAGCAAUCUUAUAGGUGGCCAAAGAACCAAGAUGACAGUUUUACUGUUUGCAGGAAACUCACAUAUCCUUUAGAAACUCUUUGCAAUAGUCUAAAUACAAGUACAAGUACAAUGAAAGAAAAGCUUUGUGGACAUACCAGUAGGAACAUAACACAGAGCUAUCCUACUGGUUAUGAAGGCAGCUACAACGCUUCUGCUGAUCUCUUUGAUGAUAUUGUUAAAGAAAUGGACAUUGCAACAGAAAUUACCAAAAAGUCUCAGGCUAUUUUGUCACAGUGUGGAAUGUCUUUGGCAGAAAGUCAUCCUUCAGGGUCUGAUUUUUCACCGAGAUCAAUUUCUGAAAAUGCCAGCCUGCCUUCACAAAAACGUGCCUUGCAAAGCGUGUCUGCCCGCAGGCAUCCAGUAACAUUCUCUCCUCUACCUCAUUUUCAGUCAGAUUCAGAAUAUAAUUUCGAAGACAGCCAAGACUUUGUUCCAUGUUCACAAUCAACUCCAAUUACAGGGUUCCACCAAACAAGAAUUUAUGGGAUAAAUGGACCUUUAAAAAAAUUACCUACCUUUUAUACAGAUUUCAAUGUUAACUAUGAAAAAACAAGAAUUUCCCCUGAAUGUGACAAACAGCUAGCCAUCCCCAGCUGUCCAAAAAGUACAAAACCGCCUAGGCAGCAAUCCAGAAGCCCUAUUACGUCUGGUAUUGCAGAACCAGAGGUUUGUAACCACUCCCCUGUUGCUGAGUGCAUUGAAACUAGUAUUGAUGAAUGGAUCCCUCCUACCACACAAAAAGUUUUUCUUUCAGAUGUGCCUGGAUUCCCAGUCAUGGCUGUAAGGAAAUAUUUUGCUACCCAUAUUUCCCCUGAUCAAAAAGAGUUACCAAGAAAGAAACUGAAACCUGUCAGGAGGAGAACUGACAAAUGUUUUAAAAAGGAGUUGAACAAUAUGCUCACAGCAACAGUUACAAAACAGAAUACUCCGAAAUAUGACUGUGAAAGUCCAGGCUGGAUUUCUCGAUGUCCAGAUGCUCAAGUCUUAGAAGCACCUCAGUUGCACCCUGUUCUUGGACUUGCUUGUUCGGAAGUCAAACGUUGCCUUCUAUUUUCAGAAAAUUGUCCACCUUCCGUGUCUGAAACUAGAAGCUCUUGGUCACCAGAAUUGUUUUCAGAAAAAAUCACCUGA